GACUCCCCCAGUGUUCCUUCUCUUCCUUACACUCCCGCCGCUCCUCAAAGCCCACCUGCAGCCGCCUCGUAUUCCAGGGCGAGUGGUCCAAGAGGCCAGAAAAGCCAGGCAAGAUUCCUGGUUGCCAUGGUCGAGAAGUGGCAUCCUGAAUAACGGUCAGUGACAACUGAUACCAACAUGGCGCCAUGUUUUCUGAAGGCACCUUCCGGGUGGUUCCUUUGACCCGAGCGUCUAGGUCCGAGCUGCCAUGGAGUGAAUAAACACCGGAUCGGGGCAGGGGGAGUGUCCCCAUCAGCCUCCCCGCAGCCCUAACAGCCCGUCCUUGCCACUUCGGUCUCCCCGGCCGAGUUCGGACGCCGGGCUGGGGCCUCUCCCGCGAACUACGAAGGCCGACGCCAGGACGGGGAGCCGGCGGCCGCUGCUCCGGGCUGGGAGGCUCCAUGGCGCCGCCCCCAGCCCCGCUCCUGGCGCUGAGACCCGGGCCCAGCGGGCCUGGCUGCUACAAGAAGCCCGCGGCCGUGAGGUUCGCCGACGUGGCCGUGUACUUCUCCCCGGAGGAGUGGGGGUGUCUGCGGCCCGCGCAGAGGACCCUGUACCGGGACGUGAUGCGGGAGACCUACGGCCACCUGGGCGCGCUCGGAUUCCCAGGCCCCAAACCAGCCCUGAUCUCUUGGAUGGAACAGGAGAGCGAGGUUUGGAGCCCUGCUGCCCAGGAUCCAGAGGAGGGGGAGAGCCUGGGAGGAGCUCGGAGAGGAGACGGCCCAAACCAGAAGAUGGAACUGGAGGGAGAUCCUGGAACUGAGGGACCCAGAAAACCGCUGCUGGGUCAGGGGCUGCCUGGAGAAUUGGCUAAACCCAAGCCAGACCAGCCAAAGGACAAGGCCUCGGCCGCGGCGCACCCCCCUGCCAGGACAGCCUGGGACCACCAGGGCGAGGCAGCCCAGGUUGAUGCCCAGACGGGCCAGCGGCGUCACGUGUGCGCGGACUGUGGCCGGCGCUUCACCUACCCUUCGCUGCUGGUCAGCCACCGGCGCAUGCACUCCGGCGAGCGGCCCUUCCCCUGCCCCGAGUGCGGCAUGCGCUUCAAGAGGAAGUUCGCGGUGGAGGCGCACCAGUGGAUCCACCGCUCCUGCUCUGGCGGGCGGCGGGGCCGGCGGCCUGGAAUCCGGGCCGUGCCGGGGGCCCCGGUGCGCAGCGACCGAGACCCGCCCGUGCUGUUUCGCCACUACCCGGACAUCUUCGAGGAGUGCGGCUGAAGCCCAGGCUGCCGGCCAUGCAGGGGUCCCAGAGUUAGGUUCUUGAGCCCGGAACUUGGGAACCAAAACCCACAGUCCUUGGGCUGCCCGCAAGGAGUCAAGUUUCCAAACUUGUAAAAAAAAAAUAAGAAAAAGUGCCUGUCAAGAUUAAAGUCCAGGGCUAGGAAGAGAGCAUAGUGGUUCUGCAAGACUUAGACUUUUAUGCCUGAGGCAUCAAAAGUCACAGGUUCAAUCCCCAACACCACCAUAAACCAGAGCUGAACAGUGAUCUGGAGGGGGGAAUCCAAAUCGAUUCAACGUGACACCCCUCUCCUAUCUUAAGGAAACACAGGCAGGUGCUGGACUGUCAGCAGGUGCAGCCAACAACACCCCCACUGUCUCAGAAAACCCCUCUUGCUGUAUAUCAAUAUGAUGGGUGAACACGGGGGGGGGGGGGCUUAGCUUGGAGAGGGCUCCGAGAUGGGGAACACACUAAGCCCUGGCUUCACGGUGACAGCAGGGCACCGGGGGAGUGGAGUGGAGUGGGAUGAAGGGACAGAAACCCUGCCUCAGCAGUGGGCAGAGGCAGAGCUGGUGAGUCCCAGACCCUCCCUGAGGCCCAGCUCCUCCUCGUCUGUAAAAUGGGAGCAAUGAUAUCUACCUCAAAAGGAGCAAGUUCCUCUGCAGACUGACCUUUUUUUAAAUAUAAUAUGUAUGACCUAGUAAAUGUGCAAUAAACUGUUGCUGAAAAUUAA